GGCCCGGCCAGUCCCCCCGCGGGUCCUCCCGGGUGCCUUGCCGGUAGCCGCGGGGAGCCCGGCGCCCAGCUCCCCGGCGGGGCGCGCUCACCCGGUCCACCCUCGGCCCGGGUUCUCGCCGCGCGGUCCGGCGAGGGCGCCGGGGGAGCGGCGGCCCGACGGCUCCGGUUCCGGUCACUCGACGGUCAGCCCGGAGAGCGGCGGCCCCCAGGUCGGCCCGGCCGCCCAGACGAGGACCGGCGGACCCCGGGACCCCCGACUCCCGGGCGGAGCCUCUCCGAGGCGCGGAAGAGGGCCGAUAGCCAAGCGGGCCGCCGCCAAGCACCCUGGCCCUGAAUGAGGAGGAGGAGGAGGAGGAGGACGCCGCCGCCGCCGCCGCCCCUCUCGCCCUGAGCCCCCCGCGCGGCCCGUCGCGCUCCAGCCCAGAGCGGGCCCGUGGAGGAGCCAGGCCGCCUCCACCGGAGUGGUUCUCCCCGGCGAUGGGCGGCCGCCGGGGGCCGGCGGGGACGGACGGACGCCGGAGCCCGGCCGGGCCGCCGUGGUGAUGACCCCGACCCGAACCCUCGCCCACCGGCCUGCCGCCCCCCUACCUCGCGGGACCUCGGACCCUGAGCCGCUCUCUCCGGGGAAGAUGAGUCAAGGAGCCACCCUGUUCUCUCACGGAGUCGUGGGGAUUUCGGACGCAGAAGCCGACCGGUGGAGGGACCGCGACGGGCGCUGCCCCCUUCGGCUCGACCGGCCCGGCCCCGGGGUCUGGGACCGCCUACCCGUCCCGGGAGCGGACCCCCCGCCCUGGGGGGAGGAGGCCGCGGCCGCCACCUGCUCCGUCACCAGCCUGAUCGGGGACCUGAGCCUGAGCGACCCCCCGGCCCCGCCCGCCCCCUCGGCACCCCCCAGCAAGCGGCCGUGCCGGCCGCUCUCCUUCUCCGACGAGACGUCCGGCUGUCGGGUGGCGUGGAGGCCGUUGGGCUCCCGGGUCUGGACUCCGGUGGAGAAGCGGCGGUGUCUCAGCGGGGGCAGCGUCCAGCGCCGGGGCGGGGGCGGCGGAGCCAUGCGGCGGAGCUCCAGCUUCAGCCUGCCCUCCGGGGCCGGCCCGCUCUCCUCGGCCCGGGACCGGCCCGGCCGGCCCCUGGGCCAGGGCCCCCCGGGGGGACGCCGGGCAGAGCUGCAGCGGUCCCUGUCCUGCUCCCACGAGCCGCUGUCCGCGCCGGAGUGGCCGCCGUCGCCCGGCGGCACGCCGGCCUCCACCCCCGAGGCGGCCCGGCGCUCGGCCGGGCUGGCCCGCAGCCGCUCCCAGCCCUGCGUCCACCACGACAGGAAGGCCGGGAUCAAGCGCCGCAGGCCGGCGGGCACCUGGGGGCCGAGGCCGUCGCUGGACCUGGCCAAGAUGACCCAGAACUGUCAGACGUUCAACAGCCUCUGCUGCCUUAGGUCCCCGGGGGAUGACCGCCGCCCUCAGACUCGGGCGCCCCCCGGCCCCGGCGCCACGCCGCCCUGGGCGGCCCCGCCACCUGCCUCCCAGCGCGCCCGGGCCCAGACUCCGGCCGGAACGCCACCCGCCGACCCUCGAGGCCGCGGCGGCGGGGAGCGUGCGGCCUCCCGGGACGGCCCGGCCGACGAGGAGCCGGUCCGCCGCGCCGUCGCAGGCCGGCGCGGGGGGGCGGGGGGCCGGCCCGGGGCCACCUGGAGCGAAGGCCGCCCCGGCGGGGACGCCGUCUUUCCGCUGGACGAUUGUGAGCCUCACGUGGGACCUGGUCAUCUUAGCGCUCAGUACAGUGCUCGACACAUACGUCCUCCUGUUUACAGUCCCUUGGCGUCGGCUCCCGUGGCCGGAGUUACACGUAUUCCCGACCGUCCCGUGGCCUGCGUUCCCGUGCCCGGAGAGGAGCUGAGCGCGUUCAAGCCCCGCAGGGAGAGCCGAGCAGGACGGGAACUCAGCCGCUUCCGCUCAGCACUGAGUGAAGUGCCUUGCACACAGUAAGGGCUCAAUUCAUAGAAUUGAUGGAUUGAUCGACCAGAGAGCUGCAGCCAGAAAGCCACGAUCAGAGGGCCGAGGCCAGAGAGCCGGGGUCGGAAAGUCACCGUCAGAGAGCCGUGGCCGGAGAAGCGUGACCAGAGGGCUGCGGCCAGAGAGCCGGGGAGAGGGCCGUGAUCGGAGAGCCGGGACCGGAGAGCAGCCGCCAGGGAGCCGGAACCGGAGAGACCCGCGGUCAGAGAGCCGGGAGCGGAGAGACGCGGUCGGAGAGACAGGAUCCGAGGGCCGGGUUGGGUGUCUGUGGUGAUUUCUGCAGUAGGUGUGGCUGCGGCUCCUCGCUCCACCAGCUCCCCUCCUCCCUCGAGGCUCUGGUUUUGGGGGCCCUGCUUGGUUGUACACGCUUAGGUGCAUAGUCCGGGUGGGGCGAUAUUUUAUUCGUAGGGUUUCUAGGACUCAGAAGGAUAACCAAAAUAACAACUCUGCUGUUUAUUAAACGCUUACUGAGGGCGA